AUCACAACACUAUUUUCAUAAGAAACUCAGUUAAGCUUGCAAAUCCAACGAAAACACAACAAAAUUACCUUGCAAAUCCAACGCAAACACAACAAAAUUAUCAACUUCAACUAUGUCUUGUUCAAUCCGUACAGUCAUUAUGCAGUACUUUUCGAAAAUAUUUCUACAGCUAGCCGCUCUGAGGAACGUUAUGUUAGAGCGACCCGGAAAACGUACAACAGGAGGUACAAGGUCCGACUCUUCGCAUGCUACAUUUGCAAUUGAAUUUGCAGCCACUCAGCGGAGUCUCCAGUUGAAGCUGCUCUGAGAAUUUCACAAUGGAAUCUAAGCUUGCAUUCACAAAAGACACAAUUUUUACCAUAGCAUUAGUAAUAUUCUGGUAUUCUUCCAACAUAGGGGUUUUACUCCUAAAUAAAUAUCUUCUGAGCAACUAUGGCUUCAAAUACCCUAUAUUUUUGACUAUGUGUCACAUGACGGCCUGUGCGUUGCUGAGUUAUAUUGGAAUUGCGUGGUUAAAGAUGGCGCCGAUGCAGAGAAUUCAAUCGCGGCAUCAGUUUCUGAAAGUUUUUGCGCUGAGUGUGAUUUUUUCGGUCUCCGUGGUGGGCGGGAACAUUUCGCUCAGGUUUUUGCCGGUUUCGUUUAAUCAGGCAGUUGGAGCAACCACACCGUUUUUUACGGCGCUUUUUGCUUAUUUUAUAUCGUUUAAACGAGAGGCGUGGGUUACCUAUGCCACGCUUGUGCCUGUUGUGGCUGGAGUCAUUAUUGCCAGCGGGGGAGAACCAAGUUUCCAUUUAUAUGGAUUUCUUAUGUGUAUUUGUGCGACUGCUGCGCGGGCUCUAAAAUCUGUCCUUCAAGGAUUACUGCUUUCUUCUGAUGGGGAAAAACUGGACUCCAUGAAUCUGCUGCUGUACAUGGCCCCAAUAGCAGUUCUGGUUUUGCUGCCUGCUGUACUAACAAUUGAACCUAAAGUGAUGGAAGUAUGUGUAGCUCUUGCAAGACAGGAUAAGGUCAUAGUAUUUUUGCUGGUGGUUAACUCUUCAAUGGCUUACCUUGUAAACUUGACCAACUUUCUGGUCACCAAACAUACAAGUGCACUAACCCUUCAGGCAGCUAAGGAAAAAGAAUGAAGGAACUAGUUGCAAGCAGCAUCAAGGUCUGAUGUAGGAAGCAAGCACAUGGAAUGCAGGAGAGACAACUUAAGCAUUGUAGAGAUCAACACAUGGAAGCAACUCAAAGGAGAAGAUUUCACAGGACUACACAAGGUGGAUAGAUAAUUCAUCAAUAUUGCAAGAGAAGGAUAAAUACUCAUCAUCAUAAUGUAGAGAUCAAUAUCAUGAAAGAGCAAGCAUAAGAGACGAAGGUGCUAAAAGAAGGAAUUUUACGAAUCAUUGCCAGUACAACAUGAGGUAAUCCAAGAUGAAAUCUUCAAGUGAAGAAAUCCAGGAUCAUUGCAAGUGUGAAGAGUGAAUGCAUUACACUAAGAAGGAAUUCCCAAAUUAGGAGGUGAAAUUGUGUAAGGGGAUCAAGGAGAUAGUUCCAAAAGAGUUAAUCAAGGAGAUAGUUUCAAAAGAGUUAAUCAAAGUUAGAAUGCUUGAUCCCCAAGGAUGAUGCAAUUUGGGAAUAUCUCCCACCAUCAUCACUGCAGGCGCUUGGAAAUGUUGAAUAUCAAGAGAUAUUGCUUGAAUCACAAACUCUUCCUUGUGAUGAUCUAUAGGAUGAGCAAGCUGAGGUGGCGCCUAGUCAUCACCAACCCAAUCACAUCAUUCCAAGUCAAGGCGUCCAGAUUCAAUGCACUCGAUUCAUCCAACAAGGAGGAUAACUACCACAAGUGGGCACAAAGUUCGAUGUACCUAACCUCAUCAUUCAUUGGUCAAACUUCAAGGAAGGACAUGUGUCCUAUUUAUUGUAAUUUUAUCACUGGUCAAACAUUAAAUGUUAUGUAAUGGGUGUAACAAACCCUAAUUAAGGUUUCUAUCUUUCAAUCUUGGCCAUUCAAUUGUAUUGAGAGCACUAUAAAAGAUUUGCUCUCCUCAUUGUAAAGGUUAAUAGUUAAUAGUUGAUCAAUAGUUGAUAGCAGAUAGCUAGAGUAGAGUAGGAGAAAAUGAGAUUGUUGCCAAG